AUGGAAUCCCCAAGGAAAGCUCUUGUGCCCGCACCGAAAGUCAAGCCUGGAAGCUCGAGCCCUCGUUGCCCCCAGUUCCUCUCCGCUCACAUCCGUCGUCCAAUGAUUUAUUCCAUAGCUCGCGCAGCCUCGGAUCGCUGGGCUGACCCGUAUUCUAACUCCACUCGCGCAGUGCCAGCACUAGAGUUAAGGCGGUUGCGAGAAAAGUCGUCCGUGCCGAGGCGGUACACAAAGGGGGAGGAGGGGGGGUUCAAAGUGUUGUCGUGGGGUGGAAAAGGGGGAAGAGGGGAGGGGGAGGGGCGGCUGCCCGGGGCAGGUCGGUCGGUCUACUUGCCGGAGACCCGGAGGAGGACCGGAAGACGGGGAGAGCGGCUGGGCCACUGGGCGCGACCGGCUGAAGCCGGUGCCUUUGGCUUCACGGGAGCUAUGGACUUUUCUCCCAUCCCCGGCAAAGAUUUUGUCCCGGUCUCUCGCCUCGCAGAACCGUCCGAUUAUCGAUCGGGCGGCCCCCGUCGCUUCACCUCGUUCGUCCCCCGCGACGACCUUUAUCCAUCCUGUUUGCAGAUUUCACGCUCUCCCCGCGAUAAAUCUGCGCCGAUAGUAGCACGACAGCCGUCCGAUCCGAGAUCCAACCGAUCGACUUACAGGUUGAAGUUACUCCUAUCGGUUACCGCGACGAGUUCAAAGGCCGCUGGUUCCCGCCACCGCGAAAGGGGAGCUCCGAUCCGGGCAUCCAUCCGGGCAGGCACGAGAGGCGGACGGAGGGCGGGGCCUACCGAGGGAGGUCGGAUCCGGGGGAGCGCGGACCGCCAGUCCAGCCGAGUCCAGCCGGACGACCGGGCCGAAGGCAACCGCGUGGAGCGAACGCCGGCCCCGACCGGGUCGCCACCACCACGGUCGCUCUCCGAUCGACGCAACGCGCGACGACGGACGGGACGGGACAGGACAGGACAGGACAGGACGAACGGGCCGGAACGGGCCGGGACUGGCCCCGGCCCCGGGCUAUGGCGGUGGUGGUACCACCACUCUCGUCCUCUUCGUGGUGCUGCUGCUGCUGCUGCUCCAGAAAAGAAGAGCCCCGAGGCGCGCAGCAUCAUCGUCGCCAGCAGCUGCUGCUCUGCUGCCCCUGCCGUUGCGCUGCGAGACGAGGAGAGGAGAGGAGAGGAGAGGAGCAGGCGAGGGCGCGGAGCAUUGGUUGGAGCUGGAAAGAAGAAAGGCGGAGCUGGAAAUGCUCGAAUGCUCGCCGCGUAG